GUUCAAAGUUUACGUUGGACAUCAGCCAUGGAGGCCUCCUUUCCUCCACCACUUGUCCAGACCGUCGGGUGAUCCUCAGAGGUCCUUACAGGCAAACCAACAGGGACCAAGAUCUGCCCUUGCUCCAGUGUAUAGAUAAAAUGUACAACUCCGACCAGUUGCCGAUCGAGUACGCCACCCCAGAGCAACAACGACCCAUGAAGCGUCAACACACCGCCCGGUACUACGCCCACCGCGUCCGCGAAAGUCUCACCACCCGGGUCUCCAAGGUCAUAUGCACCAUUUUCUUAGGCCUCCUCCUCAUCGUUGGCAUCAUAGCGUUCAUACUAUGGCUCAGUCUACGCCCCCACCGCCCAAGAUUUCAUAUCCAUGCAUUUUCGGUUCCGGGUUUGGCUCAAGAAACCGGGUUCGAAAAUGCUGAGAUAACGUUCAAUGCCACGGCCCGUAACGCGAACCAUAAUAUUGGCAUAUAUUAUGGUUCGAUGGACGGGACGGUGUACUAUAGGGAUCAACGGAUUGGGUCAAUAACGGGUUUACUGCAACCGUUUUAUCAGGAUUCGAAGAAUACAACAAUCGUGAUGGGGUCGUUUAGGGGGGCCACUUUAACGGUUAAUAACCAGCGUUGGAUGGAGUUUUUGAAUGAUCGUAAAAGAGGAACGGUUGUGUUUCGGCUUGAAAUUACGGCCGCGAUCAGAUUUAAGAUUCGCGCUUGGUAUAGCAAGCGCCACCGGAUGCACGCCACCUGUGAUGUUGAUGUGGGCCCGGACGGCUUGAUUUUGCCCAUUUCUAAAGAUAGGAGAUGCCCUGUGUAUUUCACCUGAGUAGGGAGAUAUUAUUAUUAUUUUUUCUAAUUAUAAAUUAGUUGGUGUUUCUCUUUCCCCAUUGUUUUGGGGUUAUUUGCUUUUGAUUUGCCGAGGGACCACAGAAGUUGUGUGAUUUAUUUCAUUUUGUGCAAUCUUUCUCAAUUAAUUGGUUCAAAUUAUUGAAUUUGGGGUCGAAAUCUUUUCGAUUCAAAUAUC